CUUACGUCACGCCCGGCGGGGGACCAAUGUGACACGGUGAUGCAUGAGAAAUCCGUUUUGUAAUAGAAAUCGUUACCGCGACGUAUCGACGCAGUCGCUCGUGGGAGCCGAAGCCACGUCUACGGAUUUCCAUCCUCCAUGCCGAGGAAUCUCGCGGCUCAAUCUGGAAUUUGCAACCGCCAUGUGCCGGCGGCUCGCACGUGUGUCUGCAUACGCGAGGCGGGCCUUGCUUUUUUCCUUGCGCGAGAGACCCUAUCUUCGCUUCGUUUUCUUUGACAAACCAUGAAGACGACUAAUUCCCCUUUCGUGGCGAAAUUUCAAACCCAAAACUUCGUUCACCUACGCUAUCUUGUGUUUACAUUUCAACGAACUAAUCUAUGCCGCAAUUUUUGGGCAAUCCCCCCCGUCGUCGUUGAUCGAUAGCGCCUCGUCGACGCGGUCGGUAGCAGACGAAGCUGUUAGCAACGACACACAACAAUUAGUUUGUCCUGUCGUUGAUCUCCGCUAACGCCGCGUCAGAGAGGACUUAAUUAAAUCGCAUCCUAACUAACAUAAUCUGUUUCCGCCUCCCGAUAACCGGAUCCGGCGAUGGCUGAAUCGAGGAGGCUACAGAAACGCCAGACUGCCAGUUUAAGGACCUCGGUUUACGUUGUGAUCGGCAAAAGAACAGCGAGGGACGAGGAACUCCGUAAAUGACGGCGAGGGAAGGGAGGUGGGAGCAGCGAUUCACCAGGGACAGGAACAGAGACUCCGCUCGGCAAGCUGUAAAUCUUGACCUCGACGAAGCCUCAGGAAGAAAAUCGUCGGUGCUACAUUACCCGAAUGUGAACCGAGCCCGAAUCUCGUCUAUUUCUUCGCGUCACGAAGGUGUCAUGGGAUGCGCGGUUUUCUCCGCCGCCGCGCGGAAAGGGUCGUCGACGGGAGGAGAUAAACUCCGAAGAUUGUUUCGUGUAGGAAGCGCCGCGCCUGUACAUCGUUCCUAAUUGACAGAUAGAAGAGAGAAAGGGAUAGAGGUAGGGCGGAAGAGAGAGAAAGAGAGAAGGACGCCGACGGAAGACUAGGAACGGGAAUGAGAAGAGGGGCGGCGGGGGAAGACGGGGAAAGACGCGGAGCAACGUUCGAAAUUUACGAGUGAGCCGGUUUGCUUGCACGUCGCGCAGGGUCCAAGGUGGCGUCUAGGGGCGGUCGUGCCGCCGUAACAAAUGGUCCAGCCGUGAACCGGCUCGCCGUGCAACGACACCGGAAGCAGGCGGCAGCUAUCCAGCCAGCGAGGAUCCGCAAGAAUUCGAGCACGCGGAUGUGAGGUCGCUCGAGCUCGCUCUCGUCCUCCGCUUGUCGCUGCGCCCGCGCACGUGGCGAAUUGUUGUCUCGGGGCCGCCCGCGCGAACGCCCGAAGGACAACUCGCACAGCUCGUUUCGCAGACGUCGCCCGGGGACAACAUGAACCUGAAUCGUCGACGACGAGACGGCGCCGCGCCCUUCGCCACGUCGUUCGCGUGCUCAUGAGAGAGAGAGAGAGAGAACGCGAUUUUCCACUCGACGAGGAUGACGACGAGGUUUCGCCGCGCCACUCGGUGUCGCCGAGGUUUCCGAGAGGCUUGACUCCACCACCGGCGCAAUCCAGCCCAGAUGGGUUAAAAGCCGCGGUCGCGAUUGACAGCGCGUGCUGCUUGUGAAAUGGCGAUCGCACCGCGCUCUCGAAAGUGCAACAAGUGGUGUCCAGAUCCUCGAUGCUGAGACGUCAUCGAUGUUACUCGACAGACGGAGGACGACGAGGGGACUUGAUCCGGGACCGAUCAGGUUCGCGAUCGGAGCACUCGAGCUGGAGGAGGAGCAGGAUCGCCCGUGUUUCCCAGGAGGGACGUGCUGUGCGCGAGCCCGCCCGCUCGCGAUGCCGGCGGGAUUAAGCGUCUAAUGAACUCUGAAUCCGUUUCGAACACAACCGUCUCGAAAUUUCUUCGUUAGGACUAGACCCUCGGCCUCGGAGCUAAGUAGAUUUACCUCAUCGGGGCGAAACGAGUCUCGGCUCGGGCUGCCGAGAGUCGAGGAGGCCCCGAUGCUGUUCGUUAACCUUAUCAAAGGCCACUUCACUGACCGAGGGAUCGACGCGGCGCGAAGAAUCUCGACGACCGAGUGUAGCCCCGAGCUGGGAUUUUAGCUCGAUUCCCGAUCGCCGGCCGCUCCUGUCCGUCGCUGCUCAAGGACGUGUCCCCGCUUUGCUGCGAAAUUGCGCAGGGAUCAAGGGGGAUCUUAAUUCACACACGGUGACUCGUCCAGAAUGAAGAAGAGCGCCGCCGCGGUAUCAACGUGUCUGAAAGAAUACAGCGCGACCCAAUGCUGCGCGCGGACGCCCGGCGGAAGAAUUCGGCUGCGAGUUCACGGCGACGGCAGCGUUCAAUGCUGAGCGAACGGAGGAGGAGACACUUGCCGAGAAUCGAUGACGACGACGACGACGACGAGGACGAUUCUUGGUGCUGCAACCGGAUCUCUCGCGUUCGCGCGGAUCCGCUGAAUAGCGUAACGCGCCGCGGGCAAACACGCCGGCUGACACGCUCAAGGACCACGCGAUAAUCCGCAAGGCGGUUGUCGCAUCCGCAGAGACGACGUCGAAUGAGACGAUAGUGAUGAAGAUAUCCGCGAGCGAAGGUGGCGUUCCUCUAUUAGGCGCCGUCGGUCCGCGCUGCGUCGUCAAGCAGGCGACGGUGAAGCGGUGCGUCGCGGCGCUUCUCAUCAUCUCCAUCAUCAGUAUAUUCUACUACACGCAUUACAUCAUCAGCAGUCCGUUCUCCAGUCUGAUACAUCGAGACACGAGGCCUGAGCCGGCGAUACGAUGCUCGACCCUGCGAGGUGCGACCAGACUGCCAUCGGCGCCGGACCACCGCAGUGAGGCACGGCUGAGGAUAGACCCGAAGGUGUUGGUCUUCGUGGAGACGCUGUACUCGAGGCUGGGCCGGGAGAUAGCCGAGCUGCUAGUUUAUAAUCGAAUCAAGUACAAAGUGGAGGUGGCCGGCAAAUCUUUACCGGUGCUGACGAAUCUCGACAAAGGUCGGUACGGGGUGCUGAUCUUCGAGAACCUAAACAAGUACCUGCAGAUGGACAAGUGGAAUCGCGAGCUGCUGGACAAAUAUUGCAGGGAAUAUUCGGUCGGCAUCGUCGGUUUUGCCCCUCCCGGAGAGGAGAGCCUGGUCGGUGCUCAGCUCAAGGGCUUUCCGCUUUUUAUACACACGAAUCUUAGGUUGAAGGAUGCUCAGCUGAAUGCGGCGUCUCCUAUUCUCCGAUUAACCAGAUCGGGGGAAACGGCUUGGGGACCACUUCCUGGCGGCGACUGGACUAUUUUUCAGGCGAAUCACAGCACCUACGAGCCGCUCGCUUGGGCGCACCGAGACAGCCUUGACUAUCCGGCCAACAAGAGUCCCCUGGCCACCGUCAUCCAGGAUCAUGGCCGGUACGACGGGAUCCAGAGGGUCCUAUUCGGCAGCGGGCUGCGAUUCUGGCUGCACAAGCUGCUGCUGCUGGACUCGUUGUCCUACUUGUCGCACGGGCAAUUGAGUCUCAGUUUAAAUCGCAUGAUCCUGGUGGAUGUGGACGAUAUAUUCGUCGGCGAGAAGGGCACCAGACUUAGGAAGGACGACGUGAUGGCGUUGCUGGCCACUCAGCAGAGAAUUCAAGCGCUCGUGCCGGGGUUCAAAUUCAAUUUGGGGUUUUCCGGCAAGUAUUUUCAUCACGGGACGGCGGAGGAGAAUUUGGGGGACGACAUGCUUCUGGAGAACGUAGACAGAUUUACGUGGUUUUCCCACAUGUGGAAUCACCAGCAACCACACCUGUACGAGAAUGUAACUCAUCUACAAUUGGACAUGGCACUGAACAAACAGUUCGCAAAGGACCAUGGUAUACCAACCGGAAGCGGAUACAGCGUAAGUCCGCAUCACUCCGGCGUCUACCCGGUCCACGAGGGUCUCUACGAGGCGUGGAAGAGAGUCUGGAACAUCAAGGUCACGAGCACCGAGGAGUACCCACACUUGAGACCGGCUCGCCUGAGACGCGGCUUCAUUCAUCGUAAUAUUAUGGUCCUACCCAGACAAACCUGCGGCCUUUUCACUCACACCAUUUUCAUCGAGAGGUAUCCGGGUGGGAGGGAGAAACUGGACGAGUCGAUACAGGGCGGCGAACUUUUCCAAACGAUCGUAUAUAAUCCGAUAAAUAUUUUUAUGACACACAUGUCGAAUUAUGGGAACGAUCGACUGGCGUUGUACACUUUCGAGUCGGUCAUCAAAUUCAUUCAAUGUUGGACGAACCUCAGGCUGUCCAGCGCGCCGCCGCUUCAACUCGGGGAACGUUAUUUCCAGCUCUACCCCGAGGAGGCCGAUCCGGUGUGGGGGAAUCCAUGCGACGAUCAGAGGCACCAGAAGAUCUGGUCUCGCAAUAAAACCUGCGACCAACUGCCGCGCUUCCUGGUGAUCGGGCCUCAAAAAACCGGCACCACGGCGUUGUACACAUUCCUAUCUAUUCACCCGGCGAUAAGCAGUAAUCUACCGAGCCCCGACACCUUCGAGGAGAUACAGUUUUUCAACGGGAAGAAUUACUACAAGGGCCUCGACUGGUACAUGAGCUUCUUCCCGACGGCGAAAAAUGAGAGCUCCCGGUAUCUCUUUGAGAAAUCCGCCACUUACUUCGACGGAGAAUUGGUGCCACGGAGGGUGCACGCGCUUUUACCGAGAGCCAAGCUAAUCACUAUAUUGAUCUCCCCAGUCAGACGCGCUUACUCAUGGUACCAGCAUACCAGAAUGCACGGGGAUCCGGUAGCGAACAAUUACACUUUCCAUGAGGUCAUCACGGCGAGCGAUUCCGCGCCGAAGCCCCUGCGGGACCUUAGAAAUAGGUGUCUCAAUCCCGGCAAGUACGCUCAGCACUUGGAAAGGUGGCUAUCGUUCUACCCGCCGCAACAGCUGCACAUCAUCGACGGCGAGCAGCUGCGGCAGGACCCCGUGGAAACGCUGCACGAGUUGCAACGGUUCCUGAAGAUCACGCCCAAUUUCAAUUAUUCCUCGCACUUGAGGUUCGAUCCGAAAAAGGGCUUCUUUUGCCAGGUGACCAGCGAGGACCGCACUAAAUGCCUCGGCAAAAGCAAAGGUCGCCAGUAUCCGCCGAUGGAAGAUAGGUCGUACAAAUUGUUACAGAGGUAUUAUCUUUCCCACAAUACGGCUCUGGUGAAACUACUGAAGCGACUCGGGUCCAGAACGAUUCCGGAAUGGCUGAAGGAAGACCUCACCGAUACUGUGAUGACCUAGCAAACGCUGAUUGCGUGAAACUCCAACGUUUCCCGUUUGUUUGUUUCCGCCAUGAGCGAGAUACAUCGUUUGCUGGCGGAAGACUUGUAAAUUAAUUGUACAUUCGAUGCCCCACUGGAUUCCACAACUUCAGAGGAAGGACCAUGCCUGGCCUAUCCCAGUGGACUGGCCUAAUCUAUGGGAAGCCUGCAAAGCUAGUCACUAAGCGGCUUUAUUUAUGAAGCCACAAUUGUAAUUGUCGAUCGUUGUUAAGCUAAUAGUACCACGAAAGUUAUCAUUAUUAUUUGAUAUUUUUUAUAUUAUAUAAUUGCUACCGUUCUUAAUUUUAUUACUAUUAAUUACCGUCAUUAUUAUCAUUAUUAUCGUUACCACGUCACAGAGACGACAAAUGUUCAAAACAGGGCGCUUACUGAUGCCAUUGUCCAUUAAUUGUAAUUAGGCGCCUUUCGUCCUAUUUAUCGAAUGCAAGAUUGAAGGAGAAUUGUUGAAUGCAUACGUUUCCUAUUCGAAUUAAAAUUCAUUAAAAGAAAGAAAUAGCUUCACGAAAAGAUCAUAAAUCUAUUUUUACAAAUUGUAUUUCUUUUGUACAUUAGAUAAAUUUUCCCGUACGCGAAUAUUUAGGAAGUCAGUACUUCAAGAAUAAGUUUUUAUAACAAUUUUUAGUAUCAAUGAGUAAUAUGAAAUUAAAAAUCUAAUUACAUCAUUGCUAAGAUUUGUCCAAAUCGUUUUGUAAAUUGCAAUUCUCUCUCUCGUAUCAAAAUGUGAUUCGUCGUCUAUAAAUUGUUAGUAAUUACACUAUCGAUGGUUCAUCGAUCAUUUUAUUUUCUUUACACUAAUCGUCAGAUCGUCCAUACGAGCGUGAGACUUCGGGGCUUCGAGCUUUUUCCUCGAGCCCGCCAACUUUCGGAGAUACAGUGUAUAUUAAUUCUUGUUGCGUAAGCGUAUUCGAGAUCGAUACUGACGGCAGUGAUGACGAGGAGUCUGUGUAUAUUUUGACAAUACUAUUCUUGGUACCGGCAACGUGGAAAAGGCCAACAAAAGUUUUGUGAUCGCGUCCGUUUGUACAUUGAUGUAAUGUAUUAUUUUGAUGUUAAGAUAGGUGUACCAUAAAAAGAAGGGAUCGAGAUGAUCAGAUUCAGGCGUAUUCGAGGCGAGCUUGAAGAUAUUUUCCAAUCUCUUGAAUACGUUCAAAAAACGCCAGUUCAUUCGCAAUAAUAAUCACUCAAAUUUAUCAGAUUCGAGACCCGUGCGGCGCGCGUAUUCAGAGCAACACACAUGACUGUUUGGAAUACCACACGGAUUUACUCGCUGACGAAGUGUGUCCGAAAUUACUAUGCGCAUGAAGACUUAAGAUUUGAUACAAUUUGUCGCGUAUUGUACACUGAUUUAACGAAACAUUUGUUCGAUAAAUGCUGUAAAAAUGAAAUGGUGUGAUAGAACUAAUCUUUCAGCGGGUAAACGCAAACGACCAUGUUGCGGCUUCUCGAGAUUAUUUUUCGGUAUAUCUUUCAUCUCCGAUGUGUACAUACAGCGUGUACAUGUGCGUAUUCAAUUGCUCGUUUUGGAAUGACGUGCGUACAGCAUCCGCAUGUUCAACUGCGAAAAAACGUACAGCAGACUCCACCAAUGUUGUCUCAUUUUCUAGGCAUAGUGACGUCGAGAAUUUCUUAUCAGAAACAUCAUUCGUACAUCAUGACUGUUUAUGAUUUGAUAAAUCGGCAACAAUUCUGCAAAGCAGCAGUCGUGACGAACAAAUAUUCCAAAUAUAAUACGCCUAAUUGGAAAUUUUUAAUGCUACCAGACCUAAAAAAUAGGAUUUAUGAUAUUUAUACAACAUUAAUGGAUUCUCUGCUGUACAUUAAAUCAGCUCGAUGAGAUUUCGCUCACCGGACAAACGAUAACAGAAGAUCUGAUCAUUGUGCGUAUUUUUCUCUUAUUUAUUUGUCAUUUAUACGCAUAUAUCAUCUUCAACAAGCAAUGUACAAAUAUUUUUAACGAUACUGUCCGUAACUGUGACCACGUGAUUGUACAUUUUAAGGGAUCCACGAGAGUCGAAAACGUGGCGCGAUCACUUGCACGUAACAUCCACUCUGCGCACUUUUUACUAUGGAGAAACGUAUUCUGAUCGAUGUGUGCGUUAAAUGCUUUCGGUCCAAGACGAGCAAUCCGGUGUCUUAAUGGGAGGAACACACUUUCUUUCCGUUCACAAUCUCGGUAAGCGCAAGUUGUGUUUAGGCGAAGUCCUUUGUUAUGUUUUGUAGAACCUGUUUUCUCGUUUUUCUUUUUCAGACUGCCGUUGAAUUAUGCUAUGUAACGUUUAACGAAUCAUGUAUAAAGUUUAUUGUUAGUAUUGUAACAGUAGUUACUAACGAUACUCUAUCAACCGAUUGAUCUGUUUCGUCGAAUCGUGCCAUUUUACCAGUGUUGUAUAUACAAUUAUUACGAUCAACGUACCAAUCGCGACGUCGGAUCUCUAGAGUCAAUAUCCUUCAUUUCGUUUGGUAUGGCGGUAGCAACGAGUGUCCGGCUUGCUACUACCUGACAAUAACGAGAUAAUGAGAAAAAAAAUAGGUAAUAACCCCGUGGGAUUCAUCGAACGCUCGCACGAGAGAAGAAAGUGCCGAGCGAGAUCAACGGCUAGCAUUGCAUCGUCACUGAUUCACUACCCUUUUAAAUUAUACCUUCGUAUUUUCGAAACUUUUGAGAUUGACAUAUCGUGACGGUAAAAAAAAAAAGUGUGCGCAAUUAGAGGUAAAAAUUAUAGUAAGUUAAAUAAUAUAGUGGGGUUAUCAUACAUUACGUAGCAUCAGUGUCUGAACGCCAUCAGGUUCUUGCACGAAAUCAGGAACUUCAUUUCGCGAGUACUGGCACGUUCUUUAUUUAUUUUUUCGUAUACAUAUAUUGUAUACUAUAGAUAUAUAUAUAUAUAUAUAUAUAUA